AUGCACCACCCACUCGGGGAAAUCGAAUUGCAAAGAGCAGUCGAUCAAAUGCAUUCGUCGGGACCCACGCUCACGGAGGAAGAACAGGGCAUGAUUUUGGCCCUGAACGCCGUCGGCAAAGGCCAAAGAGAGAUAGAACGACUUAUUGGUCGCUCUCGAAGUGCUAUUGCUUUGUUUUUAAGCAACCCAGUGGCCUACAAUGCCAACAAGCGUAGUGGACGGCCACCAAAAGUAACUACCAACGACGUGCGCUGCCUCCUUCGAACUGCUUCCAAUUCCUUCUUGAGCUCACGCGAGCUUUUUGACGAGUGCCAGCUGACCAUAAAGGCCAGGCGUGCACCUCAAUUGCUUAACAAGUCAAAGCACCUCAAGUUUAUCAAGGCGUUGGCAUCGCCAACCCUUACGAAAGAGCUCAUGAAAGCCCGUUAA